AUGGCGAAGGCAUUGAGUCACGCCUGGUGUGAUCUCGCCUCCAUAUCACGUCCGUCGUUCCAGUCCACCUUCCAGAAACCCGCCCAAGCGCUACGAAGACGAAGACAUGCCUUCACACCGUCCCCUCAACGCCGAGGCAUCCUCUCCCAAACCCAACGCCGCCGAGCCACCACCUCCGCGUCCUCCCCUCUCAACUGUCCCCUCAUAGACCACCACUACGACGCCAUUGUCAUCGGCGCAGGCGGUGCCGGCCUCCGUGCAGCUACAGGCCUCGCCGAGUCCGGACUAAACACAGCCUGCAUCACCAAACUCUUCCCUACCCGCUCCCACACCGUCGCAGCCCAAGGCGGCAUCAACGCCGCCCUAGCCAACAUGACUAAAGACGACUGGCGCUGGCACAUGUACGACACAGUAAAAGGCAGCGACUGGCUCGGGGAUCAAGACGCGAUACAUUAUAUGUGCCGGGAAGCCCCCAAGACGGUGUACGAGUUGGAGAAUUACGGGAUGCCGUUUUCGCGGACAGAGGAUGGGAGGAUUUAUCAGAGGGCUUUGGGGGGACAGAGUUUGGAGUUUGGGAAGGGCGGGCAGGCUUAUAGGUGUUGUGCGGCGGCUGACCGGACGGGGCAUGCUAUGUUGCAUACUUUGUAUGGGCAGAGUUUAAAGCAUGAUACGAAUUUCUUCAUUGAGUACUUUUGCAUUGAUUUGUUGAUGGUCGAUGGUGCUUGUGUGGGUGUGCUGUGUAUGUCUAUGGAGGAUGGCACAUUACAUCGAGUGUUUGCGAAGAAUACUGUUCUUGCCACCGGUGGGUACGGGCGAGCUUACUUUUCGUGUACUUCUGCACAUACCUCGACGGGAGACGGUAAUGCAAUGGUAGCCCGUGCCGGCCUUCCAAACCAGGACUUCGAAUUUGUUCAAUUUCAUCCCUCUGGCAUCUACGGCGCCGGCGUUCUGAUCACAGAAGGUGCUCGCGGCGAAGGUGGAUAUCUGCUCAACUCCGAAGGCGAGCGGUUUAUGGAGCGAUAUGCACCCACCGCCAAGGAUCUCGCAUCUCGAGAUGUAGUAGCACGAAGCAUGAACAUCGAGAUCCGGGAAGGGAGGGGUUGUGGACCGGGAAAGGAUCAUAUUCGGUUGCAAUUGAGUCAUCUACCGAAGGAUCUGAUUUAUGAUCGAUUACCUGGAAUUGCUGAGACGGCGUCGAUUUUUGCGGGAAUCGACAUUACGAAGGAACCGAUUCCGGUGCUGCCGACGGUGCACUAUUGUAUGGGUGGGGCGCCGACCAAUUUCAAGGGUCAGGUACUGAGUGUUGACCCGAUCACUGGAGAGGAGAAGACUGUGGAGGGGCUGUAUGCGGCGGGUGAGGUGGCGAGUGUGAGUGUGCAUGGAGCGAAUCGACUAGGGGCGAAUAGCUUACUGGAUAUUGUCGUUUUUGGUCGAGCUUGUGCGCUGGACAUUGCGGCGAACAAUGAGAAAGGGAUGGAUCAUAAGACUGUGCCGGAGGAUGUCGGGUUCGAGAGUCUGAAGGAGAUGGAUGGCAUUAGGAAUGCUGACGGAGAUAUGCUUGCUGCUCAAUCGCGGACGGAUAUGCAGAAGGUGAUGCAAGCUGAUAUUGCUGUGUUCCGCACCAAAGACAGCUUGACUGCUGGUAACGAAAAAUUGCAGCAGAUACAGAACGAUUUCAAGACGAGGCUAUCGGUCAAGGACAGAAGCAUGAUAUGGAACAGUGAUUUGGUGGAAACACUUGAGCUGAGGAAUCUCCUGACGUGCGCUGCACAGACGGCGAAGAGCGCCGAGGCGAGGUUAGAGAGCAGAGGGAGUCAUGCGCGAGAAGACUUCCCAGAUCGGAACGAUGGGGAGUGGAUGAAGCAUAGUCUGACGUGGCAGAGGCGAGAGGGUGAUGAGGUGAGAGUAGGGUAUCGGAAGGUAACUGGGACGACGCUGGAUGAGAAUGAGUGCAAGGCCGUGCCGCCUGUCAUGAGAAGUUAUUAG